AUGUCAUCAAUGUUUGAAAUAAAAUUAGGAGAACCGCGACCGAAAACAAGUUGGGUGUGGCCAUAUUUCGAAGUAAAAACUUUACAGGAUGGUGAAAGUGUAGCAACUUGUAAUAUUUGCAAUAAAACUUUUAAACAUGGCGGAUCCACUUCAAAUUUAAUAAAUCAUUUGGCUAAAACUCAUAAAGUGUUCAAGCCUGACAAUACUUCAAGUAACGGUGGUACUAAUAAUAAUAAUAAAAGAGGAAGUUAUAGCAGUGUUAGUGGUUUAAAUGAACUCGCUGCAAAUAAUUUCGGAGGUGGAUUUGGUUCGAAUAUUAACAAUAUUUAUGAUUUUCAUCAACAAAAUUAUCAAAUAUUACAACCUCAAUAUAAUUUAGAGGAAGAAAUGUUACAUCCUCAUCAUCAUCACAUAGAUGGCGCAAAUAUGAGGAAAUCUAAACAACAGAAACUAAAUCAUCCGUUGGAUUUCUUAUUUGGAACUUGGUACGGUGAAGGAAGCGGUAGAUUUGAAGGUAUCAAUGAUUUUAUUUAUAAUGAAGAAAUUACCAUUUAUCCUGAUGAAGCUGGCAGAGGUUGGUUAUAUUAUAGGCAGAAAACAUGGAAUCCCAUGAAAAACAAUUCAAAUUUUCACAGCGAAAUGGGAUAUAUUCGAACGCCUGGGAUGAGUGAUAAAGUUGAAUUGGUUUUGGCUCAACCUACAGGUACCUUUAGAUUAUUUCAAAUCACUGGAAAGAAAAAAGAAAGUUGA